AUGGCGAGUGAUGUUUCUGAAUUUGAACGCAGGAUGGGAGGGAAGACGGCGGGAGAAGUGUUGGUGGGUCUGCUCCGGCAGCUGAUCGAGCAGCUGGCGGCUGAUACACGGCCGGCCUUCCAACAACAGCUAGUCCGCCACCAUUUACAACAAGCUUGGAAGGAGUGGCUGAUGGCAUGGCAUAGCGACGAGUCUGACAGAUUCGGAAGGGAAGAGACGGGAUUACUGCUAGUCAGGACCAUGGAAAGCUGUGCAGGGAGGUUCAGUUCGACGGAGUUAACGGUGACUCACCCUAAUUACAGUCGGCUUUGUCAUCUACUGUCUUCCCUUUGUCAUAAUCUAAGGCGACGACAGAUGGUUGUCGCUGAGAGCAUCACAGAGGAGUGCGCUGUCACAAGCAGCUGCAAGGACAAGGCAGUAGAAGCAGAGAUGCAAGAGCUGGCUCGGUGUGUGCUGCAGACUUCAGAUGACCUCAACAACCACACCAAGCAAACAUUCCUUCUGGUGGCAAAGAGCUUCUAUUACGCUGCUCACUGCUCACCUGCUGCUCUCCGCAGCCACAUCUCCGAGGUGCUCUUCAUGCCUGUGGCUUAGUCAGCUUCAUAAAAUAUGUGACUGAGCAGUGUGAUGGAGCUUAUCAGUUUAACAUAUUGCACUUUCUUCGUAAUCUUUGGGACUUCUCAUCAUGAAAGAUAGCAGUCCAUUACGAGGGAACCUGUGGUUUACCAUCUGCUGAUUUCUUCAAAAGAUGUGAAUGAAUAAGUGAUGUAGUUUGUCAGGUUUACAUGGCAUCUAUGUAGAAGGAUGUAAUGUCUUCUCAAUCAUUGGAAAUUCUCAUAAUUUAGUAGCCAACCUCAGUGACUUUAAUCCAUUUUUCUUCAA